AUACGCUACCGACGAUACUGCGGCAAAAGAUAUUGAUUGCGUUUCAGUCCUUGGUUUCAGUCAGGCGACAGUUUAUAUAUAUUGAGUUGUUUUUCGCGGAAUUACUGUAAAUUGUGUUGAAUCUUAUCAAUUUUGACGCACCGAAAAAUUCAUCAUAGUGUCAACUUGUCUCGAGGACCGUGGUACGCCGCCGCCGCCGCCGCCGCCGCCAUGAACUGUAUGGAGUCGGACGCCAAGUCGGACAUUGACAGAGACCGGCAGCGGUACCCAUUCUGCGUGGUCUGGACGCCCAUCCCGGUACUCACCUGGCUGUUCCCCUUCAUCGGCCACAUGGGCAUCGCCAUGUCGUCGGGCGUCAUCCGCGACUUCGCCGGCCCCUACUUUGUCGGCGAGGACGACAUGGCGUUCGGGAAGCCGACGCGCUACUGGCGGCUGGACCCGCAGCGCGCCGCCGGCGGGGUGUCCGGAUGGGACCGCGCCGUCGCCGAGGCCUCCGAGGUCUACUCGCACCGAAUGCACAACCUGUUCUGUGACAAUUGCCACUCACAUACGGCGCGCGCGCUCAAUCUGAUGGCCUACGACGGCAGCAUCUCGUGGAAUAUGGUGAAGCUGGCGGCGCUGAUGCUGGUCAAGGGCCGCUUCACGGGCUUCUGCGGCUUCCUGAAGACGUGGGUGCCGUUCUUCAUGCUGACCGGAGCCGUGCUUGUGUUCCUCUGGGUGACGCACGUCCUCUGAAGGACGGAAAGGAUGUGCGAUUAUACGCGGUGUCACAACGCGUAAACUGAGGCAAUGUCACUGAGAUAUAUUUGAACAACAAACUGACAUUGACAGUGAAUCGGGCUAUGACAGUGAAACACUGGUCAGUGGACGCGGCAGCAGCAGUGAUUGGCUACCGUAGACUGAAGUGACGGCAGAUCCCAAAGAGUGGAUGCCUAUGAGACACACUCGAGAGAUACUCGACAGAUGUUUGUGCCCGUGCUGUAUUUCGUCAUCUCAUGUAAUGUAUUCACAUUUUCAUGUGCACGUUAUGCUGAAAAGUCACAGCCUUUGAAGCCGCCCAGGGCCUCAUUAUUUCACAAUGCGACUCAAUGUUAUGAUGUUAUGGUGCAGCUUGUUGCUUGUUUCGCUUUAUUACUUACCUAGUCUCCCACCAGUUAUUCCUCGCUGUUUUAUUAUCAAUGUUGGCGGGGUUCGAUUCGAGUAUUCCGAACGAGUUUCCGGCCAUAUUCCACCCUUAUUGCUUCACUACGCCGUCAAUAGUUGGAAGUUGGUGCUGGCUUUCCAGCCUCGAGCCCGGCUACCUGGCGGCAGCAGACCACAGAAAGCACGACCUUUGGAUGGGACAACUUUCUCCCCAAGUUGGGGGCGGCUGCGACUGGGUAGCGCGCGCUGGAGUCGCCCUGCGGUCUCUCUGGGGACGGUGGGGCCGGGCCAGUGGCCCACAGGCGGCCGGGGUGGGACAGGAGCCGAGGAGCCGUCCUGUAUUGACCGGUUGGUAACCGUGCACCGCCCGCCGGCUCCAGCUGGCGUGUGCGUGACCCGGCCCGACCGGCGCCGCACCUGUUCAUCAACACUGCAGCUAACACACGGCCCGGCCCGGCGCGAGUCUAACCAGCGUGAGCGACAGACUGGGAGACACGGGUUGCGACCUUCACCCCCGUGUUCGCCGCCGCGCCGGUGGCUCGGGCGACCCAGCGCCGAUCCGUCAUCCGGGAAGUCUGCCGACUGUUGUGUCGUGACCCGCGGGAUGAGAAUCGAAUAUCACCCGAACCGGCCUGAUCUGGCUCGCCGGUCGGCCGCCAUACUGCUGUUUCCAUUAUUCAUAUGGGCUGCGGCCGCCCGCGGUCCUGCGGACUGUUCCAAUUUUGCGGUGUGAGCUGGGAAUACAGCCGUUAUGCAUUCGGCGUGUGAUCUGGGGAAUACAGCCGUUAUGUAUUUAUUGUUUCGGGUGCCUGAUUCGACUUCAAAGGAGAGCGGCUGUGGCGGUGCGCUCAUAACAUGUUAGUAGGAAGAGGAAAAGAGGAGCGGGCUUGGACUAGAUCAAAUAGUUCAAUUUGGUUGGUACCGCUUUAUCUAAUCUUUACCGCCGGUCCAGUUAGUUCGAGUACACUCCAUCGCCAAUGAAAUAAGCGUAUGUACAAAAUAAAGAACACAACAAUCAA